CUCGGACCUGCAGCCACACUGUCAGAGCGACGCACUGGGAUGAAGACACGCGGCUGUUAUUACGCACGGAUUCUGCAUCUCUCACUCUCAAACUGAGGAUUUAACAUUAUUUUAUCUCUGGCUAAAGGCUUUUUAACCAUCUGACGCUUUUUUCUUUUUGAAUAUUGUCUUUUAUUUUUCCCCCUACACAUGUAUUUCUCAACCAUUUCCACGAGAAUUGGGUCAUGAUCACAUCGCCCACUGUCUCUGUCCUGAGAAAUAGCACGAAUCCAGCGUGGGAGAGCGGCUCCUCCUCUGUGGAGAGAAGGGAGAAGAUCAGCCAGCUAUUCUUCCACCACAACUUCGUCUCUCCUGCAGACCCUUCUCGACAAGCCAGUCGUCUUCCCAUCAAGGUUUUGAAAAUGCUUACCGCUCGGUCAGGACACAUUUUACACCCGGAGUACCUCCAGCCUUUACCGUCCACUCCCAUCAGUCCCAUCGAGCUGGAUGCCAAGAAAAGUCCUUUGGCUCUUUUGGCCCAAACGUGCUCUCAGAUCGGCAAACCGGACCCUCCAUCCUCCUCCAAGCUGUCCUCUGUGACCUCAAAUGGAUCAAAUAGUGACAAGGAGACCAAAUCCGGUCCUCUGAAAAUGAGCGACAUCGGAGCCGAUGAUAAAUCCAGCUUCAAGCCGUACUCCAAAUCGGAGAAGAAGGACUCCAGCAGCAGCAGCAGCCUCAGUGGAGAUAAAACCAGUUUCCGAGUGCCUAGCGCCACCUGCCAGCCGUUCAGCCCCAGGACAGGCAGCCCCAGCUCCUGCACCUCCGUCUCUCCUCUGCCGGCUGAAGGCAAAGCGGGGGACAAGGAGGACAAGAAGGAGUCUGAUAGCAAUAAAAGCACGGAGAGUAACGGCAGCCAUAGGAUAAGUGGAAAUACAUCUGACGGCAGCCAACACCAGGAGAACACAUCCAAGACUGUUACAUCAGACUCAACAUCUGUAACCUCAUCGUCCUCCUCCAUCCUCGGCUCCGGACUGGUCGCCCCCGUUUCCCCGUACAAACCCGGGCAUACAGUUUUCCCCAUGCCACCUGCUGGUAUUUCCUAUCCUGGAAGUUUAGCGGGUGCCUAUGCAGGUUACUCACAGCAAUUCCUCCCUCAUGGAUUGACCCUUGACCCUACCAAAUCCAGCAGCCAGCAGCUGUUGAGCGCACAGUUUGCUGCAGCCCAAUCCAUGGGUUGCAGUAAAGCGGGUUCAAGUCCCUUAAAUGGAGCGUCACCGCCGACUCUCAUGUCUGCAAGUCUGUGUCGAGACCCCUACUGCCUGAGCUACCACUGCUCAAGCCAUUUGUCCGCAGCCAGCGCCAACUGCGCACAUGACUCUGCGACUGCAGCACUCAAAUCUGGAUACCCGCUCAUGUACCAGACGCACCCGCUGCACGGCGUGCACACCUCGGCCCCGACUUUCACUGGACAUCCCUUAUAUCCCUACGGCUUUAUGCUUCCCAAUGACCCCCUGCCGCACGUGUGUAACUGGGUGUCUGCAAACGGACCUUGCGAUAAGCGCUUUUCCUCCUCAGAGGAGCUCCUCGGCCACUUGCGGACUCACACGGCCUUUGCAGGUACAGAGAAGUUGAUAUCUGGGUACCCGGGCUCCUCUUCUCUGGCCAACGCUGCUGCAGCCGCUGCUAUGGCUUGUCACAUGCAUAUGCCUCCUAAUGGCCCUGGCAGCCCCGGCGCACUGGCCCUCAGGGGCCCCCAUCACCACCUCGGACUGAGCAGCCGCUACCACCCGUAUUCAAAGAGCCCCCUGCCUCCCGGGGCUCCGGUGCCGGUCCCCGCAGCCACAGGGGCUUACUACUCCCCGUACGCCUUGUAUGGACAAAGACUGACGACAGCCUCGGCCUUAGGAUACCAGUAGACACAAAGAAUUAUACAUUUAUAAAAAAGGAGAUUUAGGCCCAAUGAGUUUUAUAUUGUACUUCAUGCAGGGACUGGAUCCAUGUGGGGAUCUGUGUAUUUAUUUGCGAUAGCUUCAAGCGUGACUAAAAAUAAAAAAUAAUAUAACUUUGAA